UGUGAUUGAACAGGCAAAUCAGCAAGCUGCCAAACAUGUAUAUGAUGAAAAGGUGCAGCCCAGCACACUAAUCCCAAAGCAAGUUGGUAACAUGUACACUGCAUCUCUUUAUGCAGCAUUUGCAUCUCUUCUUCAUAAUAAAAACACUUCAUUGGUGGGUAAAAGAGUAGUUUUGUUUUCAUAUGGAAGUGGCUUAACAGCUACAAUGUUCUCCCUCCGCUUUCAAGAAGGUCAGCAUCCGUUUAACUUGUCAAACAUUGUAACCGUGAUGAAUGUUUCGGACAAGUUGAAGCAGAGACUUGAGAUUCAUCCUGAAGAGUUUGUGGAAACAUUGAAGAUCAUGGAGCACCGUUAUGGGGGUAAGGACUUUGUGACAAGCAAGGACUGCAGCUACUUGCCUCCAGGAACAUUCUAUCUCACCAGUGUUGAUUCUAUGUACAGGAGAUACUAUGCCAAGAAGGACAAGGUGAUUGCAUAGUUUAUAUGUUCAAAUUUAGAGUUAAAAAAUGCAUUUUCUUAUGCUUUACAUGUAUUUGAUCUUUCAUAAGGUUAUUUAUCAAAUUGUUUAUAAGAUGAUGUUUUCAUAUUUAUAUGCAAUUGUUAAUUGUUUAAAAUGAAAAUGUAUUAGAACUUUCUUCUUAUGAGUGCAAAAGAAGUAUAAUGAUGAUUUUAAGGAUUUUCCCUUUUUA